ACUUGUGGAACGAGUGCUGUCGAUAGAAACUUUUGUGUAUUCGUAUUGUGUAAUGAAAUUCAAUGAAAUCUCAAUUUAUUAGCCUUGUUUUACAAAUGUUUAGUGGUGCUAAAUACUAAAUUAACGUUGUUAUCAUAUAAGUGACAUGGCUGUUAGUAUUAGAGUUAUUUACGGAAUCAUCUUUUCAGUUCUCUCGUAAUCUAUCCUGUUAGUAAUGAUUCAUAAUAUAGUUUUCAUGAUUACUUUACGGUAACGUGCUUUAUGUCAGUAUUAUUUAUUUGGUGUGUGUUAAGUGUGUAUAAAAAUAACGAAAAUAAUGAUUGAAUAAAUAUAAAUGUGGUAUGGCACUUGUCACAAUUCGUCGUACCCCGAGUGUCCAAUCGCCUAGAAAAACGGAUGAGGAAGAAAAAUCUAGUGAUGUUACUGAAGAAGAUGUUGGGAAUCAAUCAACCAAAAGUCUCAAUGAGUGUUACUUCGCCAACAAGGGCGCGGCUCUGGUGCUGGCGCGGGGCUGCGUGGAGCGCCGCCGGUCUCCCGCGCGUGUUCCGCCGCAGCCAGACAUCCACCACCACCUGCAGGCCAUGUUCUACCUGGUGCGCCCGGAGGACACGCUCAAGAUGGCGGUGAAAUUGGAGAGCGCUCACAGCGGGCGUACGCGCUACCUGGUGGUUGUGUGCCGCGGGGAUGAGGCGGCUCUACUCGGUAUCGACUGCAACGAGCGUACCUCCGUGGGGCUGGUGCGACGCGUGCUGGCAGACACCUCCAUCAAGCUGGACGGGGACGGGGGUUUUAGCGUAUGUGUGUGCAACCAACAACACAUAUUUAAACCGGUGUCGGUGCAAGCUAUGUGGUCUGCGCUACAAACCCUGCACCGCGCCAGUGCCAGGGCGCGGGAGCUGAACCACUUCGCCGGCGGCAGCUCGCACGGCUGGUGCGGCUUCUACGAGAGCCGCGUGGACUCGGACCGCUCCUGCCUCAACGAGUGGCACGCCAUGGACUCCAUCGAGUCCCGGCGACCGCCUUCGCCGGACUCGCUGAGGCAUAAACCCAUGGAACGAGGUGAAACAGAGCGCAUAAUUAGAUGUACCCUGAAGGAAAUAAUGAUGAGCGUGGAUCUCGAUGAAGUGACAAGCAAAGGCAUCCGAAGUCGGCUAGAAGAUGAACUGGAUAUGGACUUGGGAGAGUACAAGUCUUUUUUAGACCAGGAGAUGAUAACAAUACUUGGACAAAUGGAUGCACCCACAGAGAUAUUUGAUCACGUCUACCUAGGCUCCGAAUGGAAUGCCAGCAAUUUAGAAGAACUGCAGAAAAAUGGAGUUCGGCAUAUAUUGAAUGUUACAAGAGAAAUAGAUAAUUUUUUUCCCGGCAUGUUUGACUAUCUAAACAUACGAGUGUAUGAUGACGAUAAGACUGACCUUUUAAAACAUUGGGAUAACACGUUUAAAUAUAUAAGUAAGGCCAGGAAUGAGGGAUCCAAAGUAUUAGUUCAUUGUAAAAUGGGCAUCAGUCGAUCCGCGUCCGUGGUCAUCGCUUAUGCCAUGAAGGCUUUUAACUGGAACUUUGAUAGAGCUCUCAAACAUGUCAAAACAAAACGUAGUUGCAUUAAGCCUAACAAUAACUUUCUAAACCAACUCGAGACUUACCAAGGUAUACUCGAUGCGAUGAAGAAUAAAGAGAAAUUACAAAGGUCUAAGUCAGAAACUAAUCUUAAAUCACCGAAAAGUGCGUCAAAACUAGAGAAUAAGAUAACAGACCCAACGCCGCUAGCCCUAGCGUUGACCGGCUCGUACUCCGGGCGCCCGAGAUCAUGGUCUCCAGACACUAAGCUAGCUUCGGAACUGUUGCCACCCACCUCGGUGUCGUUAGAGAACUUGGCUUCAGAAACUCGGCACAUGUUGAUGCCCUGCGCCAGCGGUAGUUAUAGCGUAUCUCCUAAUCAAAUUAUGAGACUAAAAGAGGACGGCGCCCCUUCCGUUAAACAUAUUGUUAAUGAAAUAGAAAAUGCGGCCUCGAGUGAUAGAAAGGACAUUCCCCGAAGGCAGCAGCGCUUAAACUUUACAAAUUUCAUCGACAGUUUAUCAAUAAGUAAUAUGGGAGACGCGGGAGCGAAACGGCAGUCGGGUCCCUCGAGAAGUGCAACGCAAAAGUAUCCCGAAACAGAUAUCGAAACAAACAAAAUAAACACUUGGGAUCCCGGGGAGGUGCCGGGGUUCAUAGGUGAAGACAUCCAGAGCGCCGACGAUAGUGACAAUAUAGUGAAGAGUGACAGUGGGAUGAUGGACGUGAAACUGAGAUCGGGGGACGUCCCGGUCGGCUCCGCGGAGCGCACCCACGACGGGUCGCCCGGCCGCCAGGGCUCGUGGAGCUCCGGGCCCGAGCUCUGGCGGCGGGCCUCGGGGGGCUCCCGCCACUCGCGGACGGCGCACUCGUCGGGGGUGAUCCGCGACGAAACCGAAAGGCCCAAGGAACGUCCGGAGGAACGCGAGCGGCCCGCGGACCCGCCCGGACAGAAGGCCUCCGAUCUCAGCAUAAUAAGUGAACACACGGAGCCCCGCCCCCCGCGCCCGCCCGGCGACAUCUCGGCUAACGAACGCAGAUUCAAUGAAACAUGUGCCAUACUGAAGGAGUUAGCGAGCGCCACGGCGCGGAUGGAGCGCGCGCGCGACUCCGGCGCCUCCACGUGGGGCGGCCGGCUGGCGGCCAGCGCGCCCGCCGGCACGGGGCUGCGGGCCGCGCCGCGCCGCAGGCGGGCCGCCGGCUCGCUGGGGGACCUGCCGCGCGCCGCCGGCCUCGUCAGCAACCUCAAGAAGGAGUUCGAGGCGCGCUGCGACCGGCCCCUGCGCUGCGACCAGCCCGGCCGCUGCGACCAGCCCGUGCGCUGCGAUCAGCCCGGCCGCUGCGACCAGCCCGUGCGCUGCGACCAGCCCGUGCGCUGCGAUCAGCCCGGCCGCUGCGACCAGCCCGUGCGCUGCGACCAGCCCGUGCGGUGCGACCAGCCCGGCCGCGCGCGCUCCGAGUCGUGCGAGAGCCGCCCGAGGGCGGCGCACGACGCCCGCUCCAAGAAGUGUAAGCUGGCGCCGCCCCCCGCGCGCGCGCUCUGCGGCGUGUCGGGUGAGCGGCCGGCGGCGCCGCUGGACUAUGGCGACCUCGUAGUAUCAACUGUGAUGUCUAAAGCUCAAAGCAAAAAAAAACAAUUGCAGCACGGUAAGACGCAUCCGUUGACGAGGCUCAACCUGAACCGGUCAAACAAUAGAUGUUCGAAUCCUGUGUAUAAUACUAUGUAGUAGUAACGUUUUAUUUAUUAUGAAUUCUUGCCAAGCUCUAUAUUUUAUAUUAGAGUUUUAUAUACUAUAUACAAAAUAAAUUCACAAUGUAUUGUGUACUUCGCAUAAAAUACCGUAAAAUGAGGUGAAUUAAGGAUAGAGGGAGUUUUUAUUCAUAUUUCCAAAUUUUAAUAUUUCCCUGUAACUAUGUGUUUAAAUGGUAUUUUUGUAACCAAAUUUAAAAUCAUAUAACAAGUACUUCGACUUCAAUGAGAAAUACAUUCAAGUUUAGUUUAACAACAAUUUUCAAGAAAGAAGCAUUAUGAAAAGUUUCUCGAAUACUGACAAUUUGCGUGUAAGUCUUUAGUCAAACAAUAGACUAAAGUGUCAUCAAAAUGGACAUAAAAUAUACUUUGAAAUUAAUCCUCGUUUUAUCCUUAUUCAAUCUUAUCUAUGGUAUGUUAUGCCAUAAAAGCUGUUUGUGUGUAGAAAAUGUAAAAAGAGAAUAAAAUUGAUAAAACUGAUGUACAACUUUUA